AAGUGAUGAGCGCAGUGACCAUGAGAGGCCCCCGGCUGCUGGCACUGGAAACUGACGCCCCCGUGGUCCCCGGAGCAGGCUGGUGAUGGCACCCACGCAGAGCCUGCCGCGUGUGUGAUGCCCGGCCUGCUCCGGCAGCGCAUCACGGGAGACGAUGGCCCAGCAGGCCAACCUCGGGGAGCUGCUCGCCAUGUUGGACUCGCCUGUGCUGAGCGUGCGCGACGACGUGGCGGCUGUCUUCAGGGAGAACCUCAGCUCGGACCGUGGCCCCAUGCUUGUCAACGCCCUGGUGGAUUACUACAUGGAGAGCAGUUCCCAGUCGGUCCUGGACAUCCUCACCACCCUGCAGGAGCCUCACGACAAGCACCUCUUGGACAAGAUGAAUGAGUAUGUGGGCAAAGCCACCUCUCGGCUCACCACCCUGGUGUUGCUGGGGCACGUCGUGAGGCUGCAGCCGUCCUGGAAACACAAGCUCUCUCAGGCCCCUCUCCUGCCUUCUCUGCUCAAAUGCCUCAAGGUGGACACGGACGUGCUGGUGCUCACCACGGGCGUCCUCGUGCUCAUCAUCCUGCUGCCCAUGAUCCCCCAGUGCGGGAAGCAGCACCUGCACGAUUUCUUUGAUAUUUUCGGCCGUCUUUCCUCCUGGUGCCUGAAGAAGCCAGGCCACGUGACGGAAGUCUUCCUGGUGCACCUGCACGCCAGCGUCUACGCGCUCUUCCACCGUCUCUACGGGAUGUACCCCUGCAACUUCGUGUCCUUCCUGCGCUCGCACUACAGCAUGAAGGAGAACCUGGAGACGUUUGAGGAAGUGGUCAAGCCAAUGAUGGAGCACGUACGAAUUCACCCAGAGUUAGUGACUGGAUCCAAGGACCAUGAACUGGACCCUCGAAGGUGGAAGAGGCUAGAGACGCAUGAUGUCGUGAUCGAGUGUGCCAGAAUCUCCCUCGACCCUGCCGAAGCCUCCUAUGAAGACGGCUACUCUGCGUCCCAGCCCAUCUCCGCCCGCUUCGCUGCCUGCGCGGCCGACCCCGCCGCCAGCCCUCACGUGGACACGCCGAGCAGCCAUGGGAGUGCCACUUCCACCCCCCACUCCUCUUCUCGGCUGACCGCGUUCAGCUCGCCAGGGCAGCUACCUCAGACUCUGAGUUCCCCGUCAGCACGGCUGUCGGCUGAGCCGUCGUCGCAGGCCUCCCUCUGGAGCCCCUCGAUGGUCUGUGGUCUGACCACCCCUCCGACAUCUCCUGGGAAUGGCCCCCCCGACGCGUCGCACCCUUACAGUAAAGUCUUCGGUACCACUGGUGGAAAAGGAACGCCCCUGGGGACCCCGGCCACCUCGCCUCCGCCAGUUCCUCUCUGCGCCCCGGACGACGCCACAGCCGCCCCCAGCAGGAAGGAGGAGAAAGCGGACGCCGCCCGGCCCUGUUUGCACAGACAACACCACCUUCCCAACGACCGAGGAGCAGAAGAGCUUUCUGGCCACAAAGGCUCUGUGCCUCUGAGUGAUCUGCCCGGGUUUCUCGGAGGGCUGGCGUCUGAAGAAGACAGCGUGGAAAAGGAUAAGGAGGAAGCGGCGAUAUCUCAAGAGCUUUCCGAGAUCACCCCGGCCGACGCCGAGCCCCUGGUCCCCCGAGGUGGCUUUGACUCGCCCUUCUACCGCGACAGUGUCCCCGGCUGUCUCCCUGGCUGUCCGAGGAAGCCGCAGCCGGCCGCCUCGUGUGCCACGGGCCCCGGCGGGAACCCUGAGCCGCCCCACUCGUCCCUGGACAGGCCGGGGCCCGACACACCAAAGCAAACCUUCACGCCCAUUGAGCCGCCCUGCGCGCGCGCCACCCACAGCCCCGCGGGUGGCCGGGAGCCCCGCGCAGCCUCGGACACCAGCAUCCUCUCCCCCAGCCCCCACAAGGCCCCGCCGCCCAGGGCCCCCGGCCCCGCCAGGGGGCAGCCUCCCCCCUACGACCAGCUCUUCGAGGUGGCACUGCCAAAGACUGCCCAUCACUUCAUCAGCAAGAAGACCGCGGAGCUGUCCCGGAAGCAGGCGGGGAGCGCCGAGGAGGACUUGGGGCCGUCCAGCUCCCCAGCAGAAGUGUUGGACAGACUGAUCCAGCAGGGGGCGGACGUGCACAGCGCGGAGCUGAGCAGGUCGUCUCUACCCAGCAGGUCUGUGGACUGGACCCAUUUCGGAGGCUCCCCCCCGGCCGACGAGGUGCGCACGCUGCGGGCGCAGCUGCUCCUGCUGCGGAACCAGAUGCUGUACGAGCGCUUCCAGCGGCAGCAGCACGCGCUGCGCAACCGCCGGCUCCUGCGCCGGGUGAUCCGAGCCGCCGCCCUGGAGGAGCACAACGCCGCCAUGAAAGACCAGCUGAAGUUGCAGGAGAAGGACAUCCAGCUGCUGAAGGCCAGCCUGCAGAGGGAGCAGGCCCGGUACGGCCAGCUGCAGGAGCAGCGGGACACCGUGGUCAGCCACCUGCACAGCCAGAUCCGGCAGCUGCAGCAGGACCGCGAGGAGUUCUACAGUCAGAGCCAGGAGCUGCAGACGAAGCUGCAGGACUGCAGGAACAUGGUCGCGGAUCUGCGGCUGGAACUGAAGAAGGCCAACAGCAGGGUGUGCCAGACGGAGCUGCAGCUCAGCCAGCUGGCGCAGAAGCUCUCCAACAGUGAGUCGGUGCAGCAGCAGAUGGAGUUCGUGAACCGGCAGCUGCUGGUGCUGGGCGAGGUCAACGAGCUCUACCUGGAGCAGCUGCAGAGCAAGCACUCGGACACUACGCAGGAGGUAGAGAUGAUGAAGGCCGCCUACCGGAAGGAGCUGGAGAAGCACCGGAGCCACCUUCUGCAGCAGAGCCAGAGUCUGGACACCUCCCAGAAGCGGGUUCAGGAGCUGGAAGCCCACCUGGCCAAGAAGGACCACCUGCUCAUGGAGCAGAAGAAGUACUUGGAGGACGUCAAAGCCCAGGCCAGGCAGCAGCUGCAGGCCUCGGAGGGCAGGUACGUGGCUCAGAAGCGGAUCACGCAGGCCUUCGAGCUGGAGAUCUUGGAUCUGUACGGCCGGCUGGAGAAGGGCGGGCUCCUGAGGAAGCGCGGUGAGGCCCCCGCGGACGCGGCGGAGAUGGCGGAGGAAAGGCUUGACUGUGGCAGCGACGGAUGCUCGGGCCUCGCAGCGGGCCGCAGGGAGGAGGCGUCUGACCGCAACGGGGAGCCCCGGCCCCCCCGGCCUGGCGGUGAGCUCCCGACCCCAGAGAAGGGCCCCGGGCUGAGGGCCCCGCUGGGCGGCCGCUGGGAGCCGGCCGUGGGGGAGCCGGCUGUAGGCUCGCUGCCCAGCUCCCGGAGCUUCCUGGGCAUGAAGGCGCGGGAGCUGUUCCGCAACAAGAGCGAGAGCCAGUGCGACGAGGACGGCGUGGCCGGCGUGGGCCCCUCGGAGGCCCCAGGCUUGGACCUGGGCAGAGACAUUGGGGGGGACCCAGAGAGCCCGCGCCCGUCACCCCCGAAUGCGGACAGUGUAGGACAGCUCCGCAUCAUGGACUACAACGAGACUCACCACGAACACAGUUAAGGACGGGGUCGGUCAGCGCUGACCCAGUCGGUGCCGGAGCGGGCGGUGUGUGCGUGUGCCCAGCCCCAGGGAGACGGAGGGGAAGUGGCAGCUGGCCGGGCACGGGGCGCCGGGGGCCGGGGCCGGAACGCCUCCCCGCCGCCCCCUCCCCUGGGCCCGCGCCCCCGGCCCUGCCUGUCUGGGCCGGUUUGCCUUCCUCUGUAGCUUUAUUUUCUCCCUGGGCCCCGGACUGCCUGGUGCGAGGCCAGACGGGAUCUGGGAGCCGCACGCGCCUCUCGCCUGAAGCCCUGCCAGCCAGCCGCAGGCGCGGGCGGGCGGGGAGUGUGGCCUCCUCCCACUCCGUGUGAACUCCCCGCUGCAGGUCUGUGUGCCCUCGCGGCCUGCUUGGGUUCCGAUGAGCUCCUGCAAAGUUCUGUGUGAACAACUUGUGUGUCUGGGAAAGCCUGGGCCGGCUCGGGGCGCCCGAAGCGUCCGGGAGCUCCGUGUCCCGUCGCCCCACUACCUCUGCUUUCUCGCACGUGCCCAG